GAUAUUUAUUUUCAAACAGAUGGUCUUCUUCCUUCUGCCAGACAGGUUUCUUCCUCAGUGAAUAUGCCGUUACCAGAUGUUUAAAGGGAAAGACCCUCUACCUGUUGGGUGACUCCACUGCACGCCAGUGGAUUGAGUAUUUGGAACAAAAGCUAAAAGGUAUGAAAUUCACACUCAAAGGGGCUGAUUUACAGUUGGCUGUUGAUGCCAAUAACAACAUCACCAUCCGGUGGAUAAGGCACGCUCAUCCCUGGGUUGCCACUUACCAAAGCUCCGUAAAUGCGUCCGUCACCAUUCCUGAAGCCCUGGACAGCAUAGCAGCAGUUGGUGGCGGGCAGGAGGACGUGAUCGUGGUCAUUGGAACUGGUCAGCAUUUCCGGCCCUCCCCCCCAGAAGUCUUUAUCCGAAGGCUCCUAAAUAUCCGCCGGGCGAUCCUGAGGUUACAAGCCCGCUGCCCCCAGGCACAAGUUUUUAUAAAGCUGGAGAACAACAGGGACAUCAAGUUAGGGAUGAUACGAUUCAGUAACUGGUAUGGCUACAUGCAGAACCUGGCCCAGAGGAAGGUGUUUGAGGACAUGAGAGUGGCACUGGUUGACGCCUGGGAUAUGACUGUGGCCACCUACAGUCUGAAACUCCAUCCAGAUAAUUUCAUCGUGUCAAAUCAGAUUGCUGUGGCCCUGUCGUUCUUCUGCGAUUAGACGUUGGUGCUCU